GCAGUAGUACGUAAGGUAGCUCAAGUUAAAUUUGAAUCUCUUCACUCACUCACCCACCCAAUAGAAGCAGAAGCAAAAAGAGGGUGGAAAAAGAUGAAAUUGUUAUCACCUUCCGCAACCUCUACUACUCACAUAUCAUCUUCCUUUUUUCUUCCCAAUGGCUUCCAAAAUCAUGGUUCUUCUUCUGCCACCACCUUCAAAUUCUCUAAAAACCAGGGAAGAUGCAUAGGGAAUGAUGAGGGCACUCAAAUCACUGCAAAGUUUGAGCUGAAGCCACCACCUUAUCCGUUGAAUGCUUUGGAGCCAAUUAUGAGCCAGAAUACAUUUGAGUACCAUUGGGGAAAGCACCACAGAGCUUAUGUAGAUAACUUGAACAAGCAAAUUGAAGGAACAGAUCUAGAUGGGAAGUCACUAGAAGAAACCAUAAUUAUGUCAUACAAUAAUGGCGACAUUCUUCCAGCUUUCAACAAUGCAGCACAGGUAUGGAACCAUGAUUUCUUCUGGGAGUCUAUGAAACCUGGUGGUGGUGGAAAGCCAUCUGGGGAACUUCUAAAACUGAUUGAAAGAGACUUUGGUUCAUUUGAAAAAUUCGUUGAACAGUUCAAGCUUGCUGCUUCAACACAAUUUGGUUCAGGAUGGGCAUGGCUUGCAUAUAAGGAAAACAGACUUGAUGUUGGAAAUGCAGUAAAUCCUCUUGCAACUGAGGAGGACAAAAAGCUAGUCGUGCUGAAGAGUCCUAAUGCUGUGAACCCCCUUGUUUGGAACCAUCAUCAUCCACUCCUUACCAUCGAUGUUUGGGAGCAUGCUUACUACCUUGACUAUCAGAAUCGGCGUCCUGAAUAUAUAUCAGUGUUCUUGGAUAAACUUGUGUCUUGGGAAGCAGUCAGCUCAAGACUUGAGAAAGCUAAGGCUUCAAUUGCGGAGAGGGAGAAAGAGGAGGAGAGGAAAAGAAGAGAGGAAGAAGAAAAAUCAAGAACCGGAGAAGAUACACCUGCUCCGGAGAUAUUUGCAGAUAGUGAUACCGACUAGAAUACAGAAUGUUAGAUUUUUUGGUCUAGAGUAUAGAGUUCAAAAUGGUUAUGGCACUGUAUUUUGCACCAGUUAGGUGUGUACAAGACUUUGAUGUUAUCAGGAUAAAUUUAAAAGUUGUGUUUUCUUUUAUUUUUGCGAACUCAAGCAGGUUUAGCGGCUUCAAGCUGCAAAU